GCUCUGAAUGAAUCGCGUGUCUCACGCACGGCUCUCGUUAUUGGAAUGGUUUAGCUCCUGUAGGAUGAGAGUGAACGGUCGCGGUACUUUGCAAACAAGCGCUGCCAGUAAACGGUCCGCUUGACUGAGGUAGUUUUUGCCGGAAUCUCAGAGCGUCAGUACCACAGCUUUAUCUAGCCUACAUGUGGCGGCUUUCACAUCAACACAGCAUUUCUCUUUAAAAGGGUACGGGAGAUCAGGAACAAAAUACAUCAUUGGGAACAUGGGCCAAUCUGGGACUUCAUCCUAUUUUUCUCUCGCUCUAAUCAGCAUCUUCCUCUUAGUUUUCUUCUAUGAGCUCAUGCCGGCCUCUGCAGGCAGCUCCAAAUCAAGCUUAGAUGUAGAUACUUCUCCUAACGAAAACUCUUCACACGAGACAUGUGGUGGUAGUUUUGAGUGCAAAGAGGGAGUGAUCUUGCCAAUGUGGACGCCGGUGAACCCCUCUUUUGGGGAUAAGCUGGCCAGAGCCACUGUGUACUUUGUCGGUAUGGUCUACAUGUUCCUAGGGGUAUCCAUCAUUGCAGACCGCUUUAUGGCUUCCAUUGAGGUCAUCACAUCCCAGGAGAAAGAGAUCACCAUCAAGAAGCCUAACGGGGAAACCACAACCACUACUGUUCGUAUUUGGAACGAAACUGUCUCGAAUCUUACUCUCAUGGCUCUGGGUUCCUCAGCCCCAGAGAUUAUGCUCUCCGUGGUUGAAGUGUGUGGGCACAACUUUGACGCAGGCGAGCUGGGCCCAAACACCAUUGUUGGAAGUGCAGCUUUUAAUAUGUUUGUCAUCAUCGGUCUCUGUGUCUCUGUGAUACCAGAAGGAGAGCAUCGGAAGGUCAAGCACCUGCGGGUGUUCUUUGUCACCGCCACUUGGAGUAUAUUUGCAUAUACGUGGCUUUAUCUGAUCUUGGCAGUGAUUUCCCCAGGUAUCGUGGAAGUCUGGGAGGGACUCCUUACUCUCUUCUUCUUUCCGAUUUGUGUCGUAUUUGCUUGGGUUGCAGACCGCAGACUUUUAUUCUACAAGUAUGUGUACAAACGUUACAGAGUCGGAAAACAAAGGGGAAUGAUCAUUGAGACUGAAGGUGAGCCAGAGCACCAGUCAAAGGUAGAUAUCGAAAUGGACGGUGGGAUGCUUAACUCUCACAGCGAGGAAUUCGUAGAUGGCACGGUGGAUACUGAAGAUAAAGACAUGGAUGAGGAUGUGGCCAAAAGAGAAAUGGUCAGGAUUUUGAAGGAACUGAAACAGAAACAUCCAGAGAAAGAGAUGGAGCAGCUGGUUGAGCUCGCCAACUACCACGUCCUCAGCCAGCAACAGAAGAGUCGUGCGUUCUAUCGCUGCCAGGCCACUAGACUUAUGACUGGUGCGGGUAACAUACUAAAAAAGCAUGCUGCAGACCAAGCCAGAAAAGCACUAGGCAACCAUGAACUUCGAUCAGAAGUCUCUGUUAAUGAUAUUUCCUCCAAGAUCUUCUUUGACCCCGGAACAUAUCAGUGUCUUGAGAACUGCGGGACUAUGGCUUUGAAUGUGGUACGACGCGGCGGUGACUUAACUAGCGCUGUGUCGGUGGAGUACCGCACUGAGGACGGCACUGCCAACGCAGGCUCUGAUUACCAGUUCACCGAGGGUGUUAUAGUCUUCAAACCAGGUGAGACCGAAAAGGAGAUAAGAGUGGACAUCAUCGACGAUGACAUUUUUGAAGAAGAUGAGCACUUCCUGGUUCAUCUUAGCAACGUCAAGGUCAUUUCUGAAGGAACUGACAAUGGGAACCCAGGGGCCAAUCAUGUGGACACAUUAGCUAGUCUUGGCCUUCCUUCAACAGCUAUUGUGACUAUCUUUGACGAUGACCAUGCUGGCAUCUUCACAUUUGAGGAACGAGUGGUUCAUGUCAGUGAAAGCAUUGGCAUGAUGGAGGUGAAGGUGGCACGUACCUCUGGAGCCCGUGGAGUAGUGGUGAUCCCUUAUAAAACCAUUGAAGGCACAGCAAAAGGUGGAGGAGAGGACUUUGAAGACACCCAUGGAGUCUUGGAGUUCCAGAAUGAUGAGAUUUCCAACACUAUUCAGAUCAAUAUAAUCGAUGACGAGGAGUAUGAAAAGAAUAAGAACUUCUUCCUGGAGAUUGGAGAGCCACAAUUGGUGGAAAUGAGUGAGAGAAAAGGCAGGGAUGUGUACCGGAAAGUGCAGGGUAGAGACAAACCAAUCCCCUCCACCAUUAUCAGCAUCACAGAGGACGGGGAAGAAGAGACCCUGACUAAAAAAGAGAAGGAUGAGAGGCGUAUUGCUGAAAUGGGUCGCCCGACAAUGGGUGAACAUGUGAAACUUGAAGUAAUCAUUGAGGAGUCCUAUGAGUUUAAGAGCACAGUCGACAAACUCAUAAAGAAAACCAACUUGGCCCUUUUGGUUGGUACUAACAGUUGGAGAGACCAGUUUGUAGAGGCCAUCACUGUCAGCUCAGGGGAAGAUGAUGAUGAUGAGUGUGGGGAAGAAAAGAUGCCAUCUUGCUUUGACUACGUCAUGCACUUCCUGACUGUGUUCUGGAAGGUUCUGUUUGCGUUCGUGCCGCCCACUGAUUACUGGAAUGGCUGGGCGUGUUUCAUCGUGUCAAUCCUCAUGAUUGGCGUCCUCACUGCGUUCAUCGGAGACCUGGCAUCCCAUUUUGGAUGCACUAUUGGCCUGAAAGACUCUGUAACUGCGGUUGUGUUUGUGGCGCUGGGAACCUCUGUGCCAGACACAUUCGCUAGUAAAGUGGCAGCCAUCCAGGAUCAGUACGCUGACGCCUCCAUCGGCAAUGUGACGGGCAGCAAUGCUGUCAACGUCUUUCUGGGCAUUGGAGUGGCCUGGUCUAUUGCUGCCAUAUUUCACCAGUCACAAGGCCAGUACUUCCGCGUGGACCCCGGCACGCUGGCGUUCUCCGUCACCCUGUUCACCAUCUUUGCCUUCAUCUGUAUCGCCGUCCUCAUGUAUCGCCGUCGGCCCGAGAUCGGAGGGGAACUGGGUGGCCCGCAGACUCCCAAAAUCCUCACCACAACAUUGUUUUUCAGUCUCUGGCUGAUGUACAUCAUCUUCUCCUCCAUGGAAGCCUAUUGCAUCAUCCCGGGUUUCUAAAUAAGGCAGGAGAUGAUGCCACAAACAGGAUGCCGUCGUGAAAAUCCUCGUAAAUAGGACUGACAGGAGGAAAGGGUUCAAAAGACAGCCGUAGAAGA